AUGGCCUUAAUUGACAACAGAAUCACUGACCGACAGGACUGCAUCUUAGGUGCUGCCAAAGGAAACCUUGCUUACCAAAAGUUUAUGUUUUCAGUCUAUCCAAAGUUUGCUCUGGAUUUAAAAUCUGCAAAUAUAGAUAAAACCUUAUCUUUUAUACAUCACUUUGAGAGAAGUGACCUUAUGAGUCCAGGUGAUAAACCGUUCACAAUAACCUAUCUCAUAGGAUAUGCCCUGACCAAUAGUCACCAUAGCAUAGACUACAAGAAAGACGAGUAUAUCGAACUUGACGACGUCUUCUCAGAAAUCGGCCAUGUCAAAGAUAAGCAAUUAUGCGACAUAAAUCCUCAAGAAAACUCUUGGGUUAUAAACAUAGCUAGAAACAAAAAAUCUCUAGGAGAAACUCUUAGACCAAGAAUUUCUAUGGACUCACUUCACAUAGUAGAAAGCUCAGAAAGAAAAGAUAGUAAAACAGUCAAAAUUAAAACUCUUGACGACAAUACUGAAAAGAAAGAAUACGUUUUUUCUACUUCUGGAAAAGCUGACAUUACUAAAGAGUUAUCUGAAAAGAUUGAUUCUUGCCCUUGUAAUAAAGACAUUCUUGAACACAUCAAAAAUAUUUCCAUUAUAGAGCAAAAAACCAAACCGGGAAAAUACUCAGGACUUAAGAAAUACUCACCUCCCAAUCCUAGUAUUGGAAACCCAGACCUAGGUAGCUCAAAAGACUCCAUGAAGAUUGAUAUUUUUAGGAAGGAGAAACAAUGA